UUGCAGCGCCCCGUUGAGCCGUUACAGCAGCUACAGCAAAUCAGAAACGGAACGCGCCCUUCAGAGCCACCUAUUUAUUGUUAAUCCAGCUCAUCAGCACUCGAGUGCAGCUAUUAAGUCCAUUUGACAGCGAAUCUGACGACACUUCAACGAUCGAUGCUGACAAUGCAACCCGACCGCUGCUCAUCCGAGGUGGUAAAACGCAGGCAGGUCCCACCGAUGGGGUUGCAGUAUCGAUCGCUAGCUUAAAAAAAAAAAAGAAGAAAAAGUGGUUCAAACUGGGAAGUGACGCUUUGUGGAGGAAUCUUGCAACAAAAAAAAAAAAAAAAAAGUUUAGUGGGGAGUGUUUGUUUUUAAUCAUUAUUUGUAGCUGCAAACGCGACAUCGUCAACGCAAAGGGAAUGAAGGCGUGUGCGCCAUGGAGGGACCGAGCUUCAUGUUGUUGCCCGUGAAUGAGAAAAACAAUCGGACUCCUUUCAGAUCCGCUCGACCCGGGCCCGCGACCUUUGAGUGGGCCACGAAGAGAAGAUUAUCUCUGAUGUCAAUGUAGUUUUUUUUUAUAUAGCGAUCCAGCGGAGCAUCGAUUCGCUGGUUUUGGUUGAGAACGUUCACCCGGCUCGGCUUCUUCAUGCCCGUCAUGAGCGUACCUGCCCAGCAGAAACCCACCGCCAAACGGACCGGCAAACGCAUCACGUUUUUCAACGAUCAAAGCAUUGCGAUGAAGGAGACUUCCCAACACCCCGAGGGGUCCUACUACGUCCCGGGUGGCCCCGCCUCAGACCCCGGACAGAGCGAGGCUGCAAGUACCGUGACCUCCAAUCCAGAAGCCCCUCACAUGUACAUGAACUCGGUCAUCUUCAGCCCAGACAAAGGUGACCAGAACAGGGGUCACUAUCAGCAGACUGUGCCCAUGAAAUGGGCCCACCAGGAGCCCAGUCAGCAGCAGCCAUCUCUGUCCCAGCAGCAGAGGGCGGCCUCCUGGAAUACCGUGUCGAGCUGGGGACAGAACUUUGCUAAUUACAUCGGGGGAGUCAACGUAACGGACUCGAGGACCCAGAACGCGUACGCGAAGCCAAUGCACGAGACUUCUGGCUUACAGCCGCACCAACAGCCCCCGAGCAGAGCUGCGGACAAGCAACCGCUGGGGCCAAACCCCGCAGUCGACGCGUAUGCCGUUAAGGCUCGGGGACUGGACUGGGAGCAGCAGCAGCAGUCGCAGGCCUUUCAGGAGACCUUGAAGCCCGGGGCGCUGAACACCCAGCAGCACAGCACAUCCCACCCAGGAGGGAGCUCGGUAUUGCAGCCCUUCCAGUUGGCCUUUGGUCAGCCCAAGCAGCACCUGCCAGCGUACUACCAGACCUUUCAAGGCAACAGGACGACCCUACCGAACCCACCGAACUACCCAACUCAGGCGAAACCCCCACACCAGUUGCAGCAGCAAGAGCAAAUACAACGGCAGCAGCAACAACAACAACAACAACAACAACAUCACAUACUCCAGCAGCAAAUUCAGCAGCAGCACCAUCAACAAUUGCAGCAGCAACAAAUCAUUCAGCAUCAACAGCAUGUGCAGCAACAGCUUCAGCAGCAGCAACAAAUGCAGCACGAGCAGCAGCAGCAGCAACAAAAGAUACAGCAACAACAGCAGCAGCAGCAGCAGCUUCAAAUUCAGCAGCAAAUGCAACAUCAGCAGUUGCAACAACAAAACCCUCAUGUGCUCGACUAUUACCCCGGCGCACAAAAUGCACACCCGCAUCCACAGCCCGUGGCGGUGCACUCCCAGGAGUCCUCGACUCCAGCUCCCCCGAACCUCCAGGAACCGAUCAUCCAGGACAUCACCCCGGAACCCCAGCAGCCUUCCGACCUGCUGCCGCCCAUUCUCCAGCUCGAGGUCCUGUCACAACCCCAAACUCAAUCCCAAGCGCAGCGGCGCAAAUCGCGGCGGCUCUCGAAGGAAGGCGGCGCGCCGUCGGACAACCCUUUUCUCUCCGUCUCCCCGGAGCGGGCCGCCGCCCCGGUGCCGGCUCAGGGCUCCCAGAACGGCGCCCGAGACGUCCAGGCCGCCCCGACGGGCGUCAUCCAGAGCACGCGGAGGAAACGCAGGGUGUCCCAGGAGGUCAACCUGGAGACUCUCGCUCAAAAGGCCUCGGAAAUGGAGUCUCUACCGUCGCAUGUAGUGAAGGAGCCCCGCAGGCCGUGGAGUCCCAGUGAAGCGAGGGGUCUGAACGCCAAGCGGCCUCGAGACGACAGCCUCCUGCCGCUCGUCAUCCCCGUGUCCGUCCCGGUGCGACUGCAGGAACCCUGCUCUCCGGACAGGGACGACAACGACGACGACGACGACGCCCUGGCCUCCGACUGGCCCCCCAGGCCCUCGCACCCCCUGGACCCCGGCCACAAGCCCUCGGUCAUCGUCACGCGGAGACGCUCGCUCAGGAACCCUUUGUCGGAGAGCUCGGAGCAGAAUGGAAGAACCGAAGGAGAGAAAGACGACGAGGGCAAGAAGUCCAAGCGGCGUCCGCGGCCGGAACCCCUCUUCAUCCCGCCGCCCAAACCCGGUUUGUUCAUCGCCCCCCCCGUCUACUGCAGCAUCCUGCCCUACCAGAGCCACCUGCGGUCCCCCGUCCGUCUCGCCGAACACCCGCUCUCGUCCUGUCUCAUCCCACCUUACACGCCACCGCCCAUCCUCAGCCCCGUCCGCGAGGGCUCCGGCCUCUACUUCUCCACGUUCCUGUCCUCCGUCGCGGCCGGCGGCCCGGGCCUGCCGCCUCCCGCGACGCCCAAGUCGGCAACACGCAGCCUGUUGCGCUCCAACAGCUGUGACAUCACGCCACCGGUUCUGUCUGCUAUGAGCGAGGCCACUCCAGUCAGCAUAGAGCCACGGAUAAACAUCGGGUCGCGGUACCAGGCGGAGGUGCCGGAGCUGAGGCAGCGGUCGGCCGUGGAGCUGGAUCAUCAUCGAGCGGCGCUGGUCUGGGCUCCGCUGAGCGAGCGGGAGGAAAAAGCUGACUUCCAGCAGAGAGUGGAAGACCUCAUGCACCUGGCCUGCUCCAGCGUUCUGCGUGGAGGAGGAACCAACCAAGAGUUGGCCCACCAUUGUCUGUACGAGUGCAAAGGGGAGAUAAUGGCGGCUCUGGCCCUCCUGAUGCUGAGGAAUCCACUUUUCCCCAAGUCUCACAAUCUGGCGAGCUACCACUACUCAGGAUCCGACAGCUGGACCGCGGCCGAGCGACGCCAGUUCAACAAAGGCAUCGCCGCGCACAAGAAGGACUUCUUCAUGGUGCAGAAACAGGUGACCACUAAGUCAGUGGCGCAGUGUGUGGAGUUUUACUACACGUACAAGAAACACGUCAAGAUGGGCCGCAGCGGGAUGCUGGUCUACGGCGAGGUGGAGCCUCUUCAGAGCAAGACCACCGAGGAGGAGACGGACCACAAGCAGGGCUACCACAGGACGGAGCCGCAGAGGGAGGAGGACAGCAGGAAGUGGGAAGGGUCAGCUGACGGGAAACAGGAUGUCGGCCCCGCCAGGUCGUCGACGACGACGACGCACGCGCCGCAGCCCGCCGAGAAUCCGGGGACUGUCCUGCUCAUGAAAGGCCAGGAGGACGUUGGGAGGGACCAGCUGCUGUCCCGGGUCGUCCAUCCCCCUCAGCCGCCGCAGCCGCCGCAGCCCCCCACCUCCAAAUCCCGCUACGACGGCGGCAACGCACGCAAAAGCAGCCCGUCGGCGGCCAUCAAAGCCCCAGCUGGCCAGGAGGGCGAGUUCCCCUGCAAGAAAUGCGGCAGGGUUUUCUCCAAGGUGAAGAGCCGCAGCGCCCACAUGAAGAGCCACGCCGAGCAGGAGAAGAAGGCCGCGGCGCUGCGUCAGAAGGAGGCCGAGGAGCGGGCGGCGGCGGAAGCGGCCGCCGCCAACGCCGCCGCCGCCGCCGCGGUCCUCGCCGCGCGGCAGCCGAACGGGACGAGGCAGCUCGGAGGCGACAGCACCAACGACGACGACUCGUCGGACGGGGAGGACGAAGACGAUGAGGACUGGCAGUGAGAGUGCCCCCACCCUGCCCCACCCAUACCACCCAUACCCCCCACCCCCGCACACUGACUGCCCCUGUGCUCUCCGGGACGGGGGUUUGAAUCCCUCCUGUGAACCUUGUGAACAUUUUUGUGGAACAAAGAGACUUCCGUUGCUUGCCACGUUCAGGGACAGAUUUACUCAUGUGUGCGUGUGAAUGCGUUGACUGUGUGUGUGUGUGUGUGUGUGUGUGUGUGUGUGCUUUUCCAAACGCCCCCUUUACUCUGCUUGAAAAUGUUCUUUCAAGCGUUACCUCCCUCUUGGUCACAGGGCUCCGUCAAAUCAAAGCCAUGCCGCCUCUCUCGGCGCUCUCCUGCUCGCCAUGCCGGGCCGCGGCCUUCCCUCUCUCUCUCUCUCUCUCUCUCUCUCUCUCUCUCUCUCUCUCUCUCUCUCUCUCUCUCUCUCCGCUCUGGGACUGAUGGAGCGAUGGCGUGUACAAACUGUUGCCUUUUUUUGUUUCGACGCUCUUCUGCAUUCAAGGCUGCCAAAAGCUUUUCUCAGACGCAUGAUGUGCACCAAAUGAGUCGUC